UAAUCUGACAUACCCUUUUUUUGCUGCCAAGAUUUCAACUUUGUUGUUGUGUAUGAUGGGGAAGAGGCAAAGAUUUUCUCGUACAGAAAAAGGCGCCAAGUCUCAAGGAAGCAACGAUGACCAGUAUACUUUCUUCUCGGUGGAGAUACUUGUGGACCUUCAUACCUAAGCUAGAUUUCAACGGCAAAGAAUUGUUAGUGAAGGUGGAAUUGUCGAAAGAAAAAAGAAUGAGUGAAAUUAUUCAAGAAGAAAAGAUUGGCGUAUGUCGAAUGGGUCAAUCACGUUCUAGCAUUACAUAAGUACAACUCCAACGUCGAGGAAUUCAAGUUGUUCUUUCCUUUAGACAAAGUUCACAAAAAAUCCAUCGGAAAAUGGAUUCAGUACGCUUUAGCUGGGAAGGUUCAAAGACUUGAGUUGAACUUUGCGAAUACAAUUUGCUUGAGGAGGGGGUACGAUCAAUAUUACACUUUCCCAUACCAACUUCUGCGUAGUGACAAACGGGAUUGUUCGUGGGAUACGAGGCAAUGCAAUUCAAUCGAUUUCAAGUGCCUCAAAAGUAUAUUAAUGAAAUGUGUGAAUGUGAGCGGUGAAGCAUUGGAGUUCUUCUUAUGCAAUUGUCCUCUCCUCGAAAAUUUAUCUGUUUCUCAGUCUAGACAACUCACGAGCCUGCGUAUUUCUGGCUCUUCUUCUCCUUCAUUCAAACGCUUGGGCAUAAGCUACUGUCACAACUUGGCGUCGAUCGGUUGAGAUUCGUGAUUCGAAUCUUGUUUAUUUGAAGUACAAAGGGCGGGCGAUAAACUUUAUUCUUGAGGAUGUUCCUCAGCUUGUCGAAGUGUUUGUCGGAGGAAUGAUUACCCGGCAUAUGGAAGAUAUCCUUUUGCUCCUCUCUAGACAUCUUCCGCUUUUGGAGAUAUUCAAAAUCGACUUUAUGAACCCGAAGUUUUCUUGGGAAGAAACAGAAAAGUUGUGUUCAGCUGUGACGAUGAGCAAUCUUAAGCAAUUGGUUGUAAAAGUUGAUGCAUAUAAAGACUAUUCUCUCCUACCGCUAACUGAUUUGAUACGUGCAUCACCUUGCUUGCAAAGAUUUGUAGUUAAGGCAGAUUGGUCUGAACCUAAGUUUAUCAAGAAGAAGGUCAAAAAGAUUACGAAAAGUUAUAAAUAUGUUCACCUAAAGGAGAUAGAGUUUGCAGGAUACUAUGGUCGUAUAAGCGAUCUUGAAUUAAUUAUUCAUUUAUUGGAGAAUUGUGUUUCGCUCGAGAAAAUUACAGUUGACCCGCGAGAUGUUCAUUUUCCCGGUUUAUUGUAUAAGGAAGAGGUCGAGGCGGAGGAAAAAGAAGUACGCGCUCGUGUUGUGAAUCAACUCAGAAACAAAGUUGCUCCUCCAGUAAUUCUCACCAUCAUUUAGUUCAAUUUUUGUUAUUGGUUUUUUAAUUUGUAUACUUAUUCAGUUAAUGAUUUUUAAACAUAAACUAUUUUGUUUUACUGUUGAAUUGCUUGCAAUGCCCUCAUUUGGCUGGCAAUGCUAUGAUUAAUUAAAAUAUUAAAUAAAUUUUAGUUUUA